AUGGUGCGAGGCUGGGAGCCGCCGCCCGGGCCGGACCGCGCUAUCUCUGAAGGGCACAAGUCAGAAAGCACCAUGCCUCCUAAUAAAGAGGCCAGCAGUCUUAAUAGCUCCCCCGCGGGGCUCAUCUGCCUCCCUCCAAUCUCCGAGGAGCUACAGCUUGUGUGGACCCAGGCAGCCCAGACCAGUGAGCUGGAUGGCAAUGAACACUUGCUACAAACCUUCAGCUACUUUCCCUAUCCCAGUCUAGCAGACAUUGCUCUUCUCUGCUUACGCUAUGGGCUGCAGAUGGAAAAAGUCAAGACUUGGUUCAUGGCCCAGCGCCUCCGCUGCGGCAUUAGUUGGUCAUCUGAAGAAAUAGAAGAGACUCGAGCCCGAGUGGUCUACCAUCGGGACCAGCUCCAUUUCAAAUCCCUUCUCUCUUUUACUCAUCACGCAGGGCGGCCCCCUGAGGAGGUGCCUCCUUCUCCAGUGCCACCUCCAGAACAAAUGGGUCUUGGAAUAGUGCCCUUGACUCUUAGCGAGCCUACCCAGAUGAAAGGAUUGAAGGUAGAGCCUGAGGAGUCCUCAGAGCUGCUGAGUCACCAGAAAGCAAAGGAACCCCUGAUGGCACCUGGCAGUGGGACAUUCUCCCACCAAUCAGAUUUUUGGCAGGAUCUUCAAAGCAGUGGCCUCUCUAAGGAGCAGGCAGGCAAGGGUCCCAAUCAGUCACAUGGCCUAGGUUCUGCUUCCUGGAACCACUCCACAGCUGUCCACCAGCCACGUGCUCGGGAUAAGCCCCCACCAAUCUCAUUACUUGCCAGUAGUUGUAAGCAGGAGUCAGCAUCUAUUAUGACUCCUUCUUCUUCCUCUACCUCUUCCACUUUCCAGGUACUGGCUAAUGGAGCUACUGCCACCUCUAAACCCCUCCAGUCAUUGGGCUGUAUUUCACAGCCACUGUCACCCAAUGAACAGGCACUGCCCCCACAUCUGGAGCCAGCCUGGCCCCAGGGGCUAAGACAUAACUCAGUACCAGGUAGGGUUGGCCCUGCAGAGUACCUUUCCCCAGAUAUGCAACGCCAGCGAAAGACCAAGCGCAAAACCAAAGAGCAGCUGGCUAUCCUCAAAUCUUUCUUUUUACAGUGCCAAUGGGCACGGCGUGAGGAUUACCAUAAAUUAGAACAGAUCACUGGCUUACCUCGGCCUGAGAUUAUUCAGUGGUUUGGUGACACACGCUAUGCUUUGAAGCAUGGGCAACUAAAAUGGUUUCGGGACAACGCAGUACCUGGUGCCCCUAGUUUCCAGGACCCAGCAAUUCCCACACCCCCACCUUCAACCCGCUCCUUGAAUGAAUGGGCUGAGACACCACCUUUGCCAAACCCCCCACCCCCACCGGAUAUACGACCCUUGGAGAGGUACUGGGCAGCCCACCAACAGCUUCGGGAAAGUGAUAUCCCUCAACUGAGUCAGGCAUCAAGGCUUAGCACCCAGCAGGUACUGGAUUGGUUUGACUCUCGUUUACCUGAGCCAGCUGAGGUGGUGGUUUGUCUAGAUGAAGAAGAGGAGGAGGAGGAGGAGGAGGAACUGCCAGAAGAUGAUGAGGAUGAAGAGGAGGAGGAGGAGGAAGAUGAUGACGAGGAUGAUGAUGUGAUCAUACAAGACUGA